GAAUUUUAAAAAUGGUUAAAUUCAUUAGUUCGUUGGGUACUUUAUUCCUUUAAAAAUCUAUUUUUUCAUAAUUAUUUACAAAAUAAGAAUGGCUCUAACAAAAAUAAAUGAAUGCUGUUGCUGUAUUCCGUUAAAAUCUGGUGUUGUGAUCAUAACGUUAUUAUGGCUUAUAUAUGGAGCUUAUGCAACUGUAGAAAAUGCAAUUUAUAUCUCAGUGUACAGAAGAAGAUAUAUUGCAGUAACCAUUCUUUAUGGAUUUGUAACACUUGGGGCAACUUUUGGAUUAUAUGUAUUAACUUUUGCAAAUACUUCUAAAAUGUUAAGAAAAUAUUCUAUUAUAGCUUUUUUCAUAGCAGCUGUUGAAAUUAUGAAAAAUUUAGCAACUAUUAUUAUUAUUUCAUUAUAUAAACAAACAUUCUCUUUAAAGAAAUGUGCAAAUAAUAAUUAUGAUUAUUACGGUGGAUGUAAUAUAUUAAUCGUUAUUGCAGUUAUUUCAAUUCUUUUAUCGGCUUACUUUCCUAUAGUAGUUUUGGCAUAUACAAAGAGAAGAAAAAGCAAGGAAGAUGCUGCAGCUGCAACUGAUGAUCAUCCAUACGGACAAACCAUGACGAGCGUACCCUGAUUUCUAUUAUUACACGGUCAUAUAUAGGAUAAUGCUGAUUUUGUUUGACCAAUAUUUUCAUCAAUAGCUAUUAAAUCAUCAUUCAAUUUUGAUUAAAAAGAGGAUAAAUAUUUACUCUAGAUGUCUACAAUAUUAGAUAUAUCGAAUCAUCUAAAUUAAUGGUAGUAUUCAUCCAGUGCAAUAUCCAUAAAUUAUUUAUUGUAAGAUCAUUGAAUAGCACAUGCUAUGUACCGUUAUGCAGCAUUUCUCGUCUUAUAAAUACUAUUUG